AUGGUUAAAACCAAGGCGGGCUGUGGUAAGUCGUGGUGUCCCGCUUCAGUGGACCUGCUGCUUGACAUCACUGCCGCGGUCUUACCCUUGGGCAAGAACCAAUGGGAAAAGGUUGCCCAACGUUUCGCCACCGAGGCGACUGUCCAGUCUCUGCCGCAUCGGGAUGCAGAAGCGCUGAAGAGAAAGUUCCUUCUCCUCAAGAAUGUUCAGAAACCAACCGGCCAUCCCGACUGCCCCCCCCCCCGACGUCCUGCGUGCAAAACGUCUGCAAAGAGAAAUCGAGAGCUCUGUGGCGGUCCUCUCCUAGAUGACACCUUUCAGUCGACCACGUUGCCGUCACAACUACCAACUCAACUGGAUGAUCAACGUGUUGAGGUCGGCCCAACGGGUUUGCAACCCUCCGAGCUUCAAGCGCUGAGCGACAAGCUCAAACGUAAACAAUCCGAUACCGGUGGCUUACUGUCGUACACGGCAAAAAAAGACGCUCAAUUGACAAGUACAUUGAAGGAGCGUCGGAGUCAGAUGCCCCGAAACCCCGCGAAGGCGUCGUCCGACAUGAUGAAAUUCCUUAUGGUUAUGAGCGAGCGGGAUGCCAAGCGUGAAGAGAUGAGGCACGAGCGACAGGAAAAGACCGACAGGGUGCGUGAAGAGCGGGUGGAAAAGGCCGACAGGGAUCGAGAAUCCCGCGAAGCUCGCCGCGACGAAUUGCUAUUUCUCCUUCUUGGCAAAAUUUUUGGGAAAAAUGAUUCGAGUUAA